CACACACACACACACACACACACACACACACACACACACACACACACACACACACACACACACACACACACAUUUGAAUACCCUCCUAGGAAGACUUGCUGUAGUCAAAUUGAAUCAUCACUCUCAGUGAUAUCACCAUGGGAUGCUCAGGGCUGUUGAUUUUGGGCUUUGUCCUAAAUGUGUCUCACUGCUUGGACAUGCUGGAUAUGGAGGAGGACAUGGAGAUUGAUCGUAACGUCACUGGGAUCCUUGGAGAGGACAUCUUCCUCCGCUGUCAGUACCUGGGACAGAAUGACAUCACAGACGCCUCAUGGAAACGCCCAGACUCUAGAAUGAAGCGAUCGAUGAAGAAAUUAACAGGCUACAAGAACAACAAGGCUUUCAGCAAAGACCCAGACUUCUCCACCCCAGCCUCUCCCACCAAUCUGACUGUGAAGAUGAGGGUGUCUACUCUGGAGGCUCAGGGGGAGUACACAUGCGUGUUUGCCAGUGAUGAAGAGGAGAUCACUAACAGCAUGUUUCUCACUGUCCUGGCUCGACCUGAUAUCCACACAGAGGUGACAGAGGACACAGACAACGCUACCCACUACCAGUCAGUCACAUGCUCAGCUACCAAUGGUAAACCUGUGGCUCUGAUUCGCUGGGAGAUCAACGGCAGUCCUCCUACUGACAACUCCUCUGUGGGGAUGAGGAACACCAGUUAUACCAAUGGCACUGCCACUGUGACCAGCAUUCUCCGCUUCCCCACCCACCUACAGGACCAGGACAGGGUGACCUGUGUGGUCCAGCACCCAACCCUGCCUGACCCCACCACACAUGUCACAGUGGGGGUGGAGACCUUCAUGGCUCCCAAUGUGACCAUUGAGACAUACCUGGUUCUAGAGGACGGGAAGGAGUUCUGGGUGGUCACCUGUGGUGCAGCUGGAGGGCGACCCCAAGCUGACAUCACCCUGGUGCUGCUCAAUCGGGAGGCCAGUUCCAUGUCACAGAAGGAGGUUGUCAUGGAUGCAGCAGACACAUUGGUCAGGUCAUACCGCUUCCCAGCUGAGCUUCAUGAAGGGGAAAACAUCACCUGUCUGUUUGACCACCCCAAGUUCCCACACAGAGAGCUACGGACCACCACUUUGCCGGCAUUCUAUCUGUCUGCUGUUCGGCUGCUGAACCCAGGGUUGGCAGACCGCAGCAACAAGAGCCAGGCUGUAGAGUCAGUCGUUCUGGAGGAAGGACAGAGCAAAACCACCAUCGGGCUAAAGGUCGUUGGGGAUGUACCACGUUACAGUAUUGUAUGCACCAAAGAAGAGCAGUCUCUCCCUGAGGGUGUGGAGGUGAUUGGCAGUGCUCUAAUCCUGCAGGGUCCUGUGGAGCUCUACCAUGCAGGGCUGUAUGAGUGUGAGGCCUCCUACUACAGCCACAGGGCAUCUGUACUGCUGGACAUUACCGUUAACCCACAUGUCAAGCAGUCUGUGACUGUUCCUCCCAGCAUAAGGAUUGAUGUCCAGGACAGACUGGGUGACAGAUUCAUUGAGUGCCUGGCUGCAGACUCUGUCCCCAUUGCCAAUGUGUCCUGGGUUCUACCUGAGGGUGUGUCUGGGCCCUCCUGGUCCAGUCUCACAUCCCAUAAUGGAACCCAUUCUGUCAGCAGUGUGUUAGUCCUGCCUGCCUGCUCAGCCCAGGAGCUCAAUAUAGAGUGUGUGAUAGAUCAUUCUGUGUUUGUGUUGCCAGAGAGAAGACAGAUAACACUCCCUGUGUGUGCUCCUCCUAACAUCACCAUCCAGUCCAGCUCUGAGUGGGAGGAAGAUGUAGCAUACACACUGGUGCAGUGCACUGUGGACAGUGUUGGACCUGCUGCCACUAUCUCCUGGAGUCUUGGAGACAGAGACAGUGACAAUAGUACCAGUCAGCUUAAAGUGGGGCAGGAGCAGGAUCAGGGGCAGCCUGAGCACCAUGCCAAUGGCUCUGUGACGGUCUGUAGUGUGUUGAGGCUCCCCACUUCCAUGUUCUCUGGUCAGAAUGUCACCUGUGUGGUGGAUCAGCUGGGUCUUGAAAGGCCAGAGAGAAGAGGGAUACUGCUGCGUGGAUUGGAGUCCCCUGUGAUGCGUGUUUUUGUUGCGAGGCAGAGCAGAUCUCUGUGGCUGGCUGUGUGUGAGUACAGAGGGGACGGGAUCAGAGCACACCUCUCCUGGGUUCUACCUGACAACACCACAGGCCACAUCUCCUUCCGCUCUGGGUAUGAAGGUGUGAGAGUGCUAACCAACCUCACCUAUGAGUUCCCACUGGCUCUCCACGAGGGACAGGACCUGACUUGCCUCUUUCAAAAUCAUCAUGGACUUAAGGAGAGGAGGACAGUCCAUGUUCCCAGAUACUACAUAUCAUCUGUCAGACUACUGAACCAAACCACUCCCCUGUACAAACAUUAUGGAGAUGAGUCCGUCAUACACCGAAUAUCUCUAAAGGAGAAUUUCCAAAACCAGAGGAUCCUGUUCAAAGUCUAUGGCAGUGUACCAACUUACAACCUCACCUGUCACAGAAAUGAUGGCUCAUUGGUCCAGAUGGAUGGCGGAGCUCUGUUGUUCCAAUCAAAGGUCACAGAGCAGGAUGCGGGCCUCUACACCUGCCACGCCUCUUUCUACCACCAUAAGGCCUCAGUCCUCAUUCAAGUGGAGGUCACCAGUGAAGAUAAACAGCUCAGUGAGUGUACACUCGCCCUAUCUUGCAUCAGUGAUACAACAAAAUUGAUGGUCUUCAUCGUCUGCUUCUCCUCGGCUGCGGCCAUCUCGAUCCUCCUCAUUGUCACUUUGUGUGUUUUCUGCAAAAUAAAUGGAGGAGACCACCCAGCAUCUAAGAAGCGCGAGUCGCUGGCGCCCCUGACCUCUCUGACCCAGGACCUGUGCUCUCCAGAGUUGAGGAAGGGGAAGGCAGCAGUGACAGUACCAGGAGGAGGAGGCCAGGAGUACAACCAGCUGCUCAGCUAUUCUAUUGUCAUUGAUGCCAGAUCCACUGUGUAAAUAACAGGGUGCACCCCCUACUGCCACCAUAUAGAGCACUACUUGUGCACUGUAUAGGAAAUAGGGUGUCAUUUGAGUCUGGUUGAUUUAGUUUGGUAUGUUAAAAAAACAUACUCAGUAAAUGCAUUUAAAAAAACUUGACAAGGAUAUCGCAAAAGUCAGAGACUUAUUUCCAUUGUGGUCCCUAAAUUCUAUGGUGCAAAAACAUUACAACAUCACAUACAGUUGAAGUCGGACGUGUACAUACACCUUAGCCAAAUACAUUUAAACUCUGUUUUUCACAAUUCCUGACAUUUAAUCCUAGUACAAAUGCCCUGUCUUAGGUCAGUUAUGAUCACCACUAUAUUUUAAGAAUGUGAAAUAUCAGAAUAACAGUGGAGAGUGAUUUAUUUCAGCUUUUAUUACUUUCAUCACAUUCCCAGUGGGUCAGAAGUUUACAUACACUCAUUAUUUGGUAGCAUUGCCUUUAAAUUGUUUAACUUGGGUCAAAUGUUUCAGGUAGCCUUCCACAAGCACAAUACGUUGGGUGAAUUUUGGCCCAUUCCUCCUGACAGAGCUGGUGUAACUGUGUCAGGUUUGUAGGCCUCCUUGAUCGCACAUGCUUGUUUCAGUUCUGCCAACACAUUUUCUAUAGGAUUGAGGUCAGGGCUUUGUGAUGGCCACUCCAAUACCUUGACUUUGUUGUCAUUAAGUCAUUUUGACACAACUUUGGAAGUAUGCUUGGGGUUAUUGUCCACUUGGUAGACCCAUUUGCGACCAAGCUUUAGCUACCUGACUGAUGUCUUGAGAUGUUGCUUCAAUAUAUCCACGUAAUUAUCCUUCCUCACACUUUUUUAUGGCAGUUUUGGAGUGGUGGCUUCUUCCUUGCUGAGCGGCCUUUCAGGUUAUGUUGAUAUAGGACUCCUUUUACUAUGGAUAUAGAUAGUUUUGUACCCGUUUCAUCCAGCAUCUUCACAAGGUCCUUUGCUGUUGUUCUUAGAUUGAUUUGCACUUUUCGCACUAAAGUACAUUCAUCUCUAGGAGACAGAACGCGUUUCCUUCCUGAGCGGUAUGAUGGCUGCGUGGUCCCAUGGUGUUUAUACUUGCGUACUAUUGUUUGUACAGAUGAACGUGGUACCUUCAGGCGUUUGAAAAUUACUCCCAAAGAUGAACCAGACUUGUGGAGGCCUGCAAUCUUUUUUCUGAGGUCUUGGCUGAUUUCUUUUGAUUUUCCCAUGAUGUCAAGCAAAGAGGCACUGAGUUUGAGGGUAGGCCUUGAAAUACAUUCACAAUUACACCUCCAAUUGAUUAAAAUUAUGUCAAUUAGCCUAUCAGAAGCUUCUAAAGCCAUGACAUAAUUUUCUGGAAUUUUCCAAGCUGUUUAAAGGCACAGUCAAAUUAGUGUAUGUAAACUUCUGAUCCACUGGAAUUGUGAUACAGUGAAUUAUAAGUUAAAUAAUCUGUCUGUAAACAAUUGUUGGAAAAAUGACUUGUGUCAUGCACAAAGUAGAAUUCCUAACCGACUUACCAAAACUAUAGUUUGUUAACAAGGUAUUUGUGGAGUGGUUGAAAAACGAGAUUUAAUGACUCCAACCUAAGUGUAUCUAACUUCCAACUUCAACUGUAGAUACAGAUACAUUACACAGACACUUUUUAUUUUUCAUUAGCAAGCUUUUGACUGCAGGCAACCACAGGCUUGUACUAUAUGUCAGAGAACAUUCAGAUGGGUCUGCUGACCCAGCUAGAGUAUUCUGUGCAUCACUCUUACGUGAUUCAUGCCAGGAUAUUAAAAUGCAUUAUUUUGUGAAUUUUUCAUGAUUUUUUGUUAUGUUUAUUAGUGUAUUAUUAUGUAUGUCAUGCUUUGGUGUUUUCAAUAAUCGUAAUAUGUUGUAAAGAAAUGUAUUGUAAAACUGCUAGAAAUGAUGUUGAGCGUAGCAACUGUUUGUUUUACUGUUUUGGAUUUCUGGUCCCCACAAGUAUUAAACUUUGAAAGGUUGUUCAUUGUAAUGUUGUAAAAUCCGGAGCAUUAUCAUUAAAGUUACUGUAAAUGU